AGCUGUCCCCACCCCAAGCAGCGCUUCCUAUUAACAAAAGUAAACCAGGUUUUUCUUUUUUCUCCAGCCAGUUGACAAAACGCAAUUGCCAGGAAUACUUAACGCUGGACAGGGAUUACAACGAAGCUAUAUAUCCAGCCCAGAACCCUCCAGGAGUGCCGACCAUCGAGUUGAUGCCGAGUAGGAGGGGCAACGGUGCAGGCAAGAGCGAGUGGAGGAGUGCUGGCCAGGAUGCGGCUGCUCAAGGAACUGAUGCGUGUGGCCACACAAAAUCGUGCCUUCUACUGUUAUGUGCUGCUCAGCGUUUGGAUAUUCCUACUCAUAGCGGGAAUGUAUCGUUAUAUGGGCAAUGUUGAGAGCAUACCCGGUGGUGGCUCUGUUUUUGGUCCAAGCUCAUCUGGCACCGUCAGCAGUUCCUUGGGUGGCGGCGAAGGCGCCCCAGCGAAAGCCUCCUCCACCGCCCAGAGAUUCGCCAAGUACAGAGAGCGCUGUGCGCCGCUCUCACAGCUCCAGCGUUUCGAUGAUGGCGGCCUCUUGGAGGGUUGGAAACUUCAGGGCGUACUCCUGGUCAUUCGACAUGGAGAUCGUGGGCCCAUAUCCCAUGUCCGUAGUGCUGGCAUCAAUUGUGGAGUGACUGGUGGCACAGAUAACCUGGUUAAUAGAUAUCGCAGCUUUCUUUACAAUUCGAGCAGCUCUGCCUCCGGUUCGAAUCACAUGUACUGGAACAAGGUGGGGCCAUUCCAUGGGUUUCCUCUGCUUCCGGCCACGGAGCGUGGUUGUCCGCUGGGACAGCUCACCUACAAAGGCAUCUCGCAGCUGCUCCACGUUGGCGAGAUCAUGCAUCAGGUGUACGCCCAUGCGUUAGGCCUCCUACUUAAGCCAAAUCCAAAUCGUGCUUCGGUGGAAACGACGCCACACACGCUGUUAAAUUCGGACGAAGUGGUGGUCUUUACCACACGUUAUCGGCGCACCUUCCAAUCCGCCCUGGCCAUGUUGUUCUCCCUGCUGCCGGCGGACAAGUGGCUGGCCCUAAAUGUCCGCGAAUCGCACAGCAUGGCUUUCUGCUUCAGCGAGUGCAGUUGUCCCCAGUCGGCAUUGCUCCGGAAGCGAUUGGACGCCAUGAUGGAUAAACAGCUUCUGAAGCGUAACGAUGUCCUGGGCGUGAUGCAGUGGAUCGGCGGCACCAUACUGCAGCACACACCCAAUGGGAUCAGCAAUCCCUUUGAGGUGGUGGAUGCCUUGUUGACGGUCCUAUGCCAUGAUGCUGCCUUGCCAUGUCGGAGGAAAAAACAGCCUGUCACGCCAAAGCCGGGCAAGAAGAACUCCAAUCAGGAGCUGGUGGAUGUGAUCAAUAUAGAUCAGGAUGAAACGGCCGCCAAUCUGUUGCAGGAGGCCCAAGGACAGAUGGAGCCCGAUUCCCCAGAGGCAGAGAACGGAAAUCCCCUGCUGCAGGCAGACGAAUCCCCCCAAGAGGGCUGUGUGGAACCCACCCAUGUGGACACCCUAAUGUCGCUUGCCGACGAGAUUUCCCAACGCUCCGCUGGCCACUCAUACUACAAACUAUCCGGAUUGCUCCGUUCCUAUGGCAUGAUCCGUCACAUUGUCAGCUAUAUGCUCAAGAUGAUCUCCGGGGAUAGAACAAAGUUUGUGCUAUAUUCCGGACACGAUUGCACCCUGCAAUAUCUGACAGCAGCCUUGGGCAUCAUCAGUCCCAGCCAGGGUAAAACUAUAGCGUAUGCCUCUAGAUUGGCAUUCGAGGUCUAUCGGAGCGAGGCGCACACGGAUUACUAUUUCCGUGUGGUGUACAACGGCAGAGAUGUGACCCAGCAGAUCGAUUUUUGCGAGGGCGGCAAGAGCCUGAGGGUGACCAGGGACUCUAGGGGGAAUAAGGCCGACCUGUGUCCCAUUGAGAACAUUAUACGUUUCCUGCACGAGGAUUACUUUAGUCCACUGAAUGCCACCAAUUUUAAAGAAGCCUGCGGAGCUGUUAAUCCCCCCAAAGCCCCCGAGUUCUAGUGGAGAAAGGGAAACCCCCCUUAAAAACUGUGAUAAGUAGUUAAGAUGCCACCCGCGAAAAAAAAAAAGGAGAAGCAGGAUCUCGAUUAUCCUUCACACGACCGCUUUUUAGCGAUGUUAUCUCUGUUACUUAAGUCGCAAAUUAGUUAACUUGAGUUGUUCAACUUGUUGAUCCACAAAUCGCAAUCGAUACAUAUCAAUGGAGCACUUGUUAGCUUUUUAGGAACCAAAACAUCUUUUAGAACGUAAAAGUAAACAAAUCGUAAACAUAUCAACCAACUUUUAAACGAAUUAAAACGAAGAAAUCCUUCCGCGAAUUGUAGAGUUAAACAUUUUCGAGUUUAAGAAAAUUGCAUAUUUUUACGCAUUCCAAAUAAAACAUUCCUCUCGUGAAAUCAUAAGAAUCUAAUGUCCAAGGUAAUACAAAUUUUAGGAUGAUGAUAAUGCCCAUAUAACUCGCACCCCCUUAUACAUCUUAAAGCAUAUAUUACCAUUGGUAAUAUGUAUUUAGUUUAUAAGAAAAAGUCUUAAGAGAAAUGUAAACAUAUCAAGAAGUUACACAUCCACUUUACAAAUUUAAAAAUUUAAUUACUUAAGCCUCAAAACUUAAAGCUAAUAUACAUUAUAUUGGUGGAAUAUAACAAGGAUUCUACUAGAAAUUACCUUUACAAGUGUAAUAAAGUUUUGAAAUAAAUGUUCUAAAAUUA